AUGCAGGGAGCGAAAGUGUUUGCAAAACUGGACGCCCGUAAAGGUUUUUGGCAAGUUGAUCUAGCACCUGAAACUAGACCAAUGACCACAUUUAUCACACACAGAGGGUGCUAUCGUUUUAAAAAGGUCCCAUUUGGAUUAUCUAGUGCUCCCGAAGCAUAUCAGAAAGCCAUGGAUUCUAUGUUAUGUGGGAUGCCAGGUGUGGUGUGCUACAUGGACGACGUGGUCGUGUUCGCUGAAAAUGAAACAGAACUGGAACAAAGACUGAGAAGAGUUUUUCAAAGAUUUAAAGAAAAAGGACUGACCUUAAACAAAGAAAAAUGUUCCUUUGGACUCAAGCAGAUUGAGAUAUUAGGACAUGUUGUCUCAAAGGACGGGAUAAAACCAGAUUCACGAAAAGUUGAAGCGAUCUCUAAAGCUCCCAGACCAGAAAAUGUUGCACAGUUACGUUCGUUUCUAGGCACUUGUGGAUUUUUGAUGAAGUUUGUACCCAAUUAUGCAAAUCUGUCAGAGCCUCUCAGAAAACUAACCAGACAAGGACAAGAGUGGCAAUGGUCAUCUGAGGCAGAGAAUGCAUUCAAAGGACUGAAAAAGGUACUGACUAGUGAGCCGUGUCUAGCAUAUUUUCACAUAAAUGCUCCGACAUUUGUAAUCAGUGAUGCAAGUCCAGUCGGACUUGGAGCAGUUUUGCUUCAGACACAAGAAGAUGGAACUAAAAAGCCUGUGGCAUAUGCAAGUCGCUCUCUGACGCCUACAGAACGACGUUACUCUCAGAUAGAGCGAGAAGCCCUUGGGUGUGUAUGGGCAGUAGAACACUUCAGAGCAUAUUUGUGGGGAGGCAGGUUUACUCUGCAAACAGAUCACCGGCCUCUUAUUUAUAUGUUUAAUCCAGAAAAAUCUAAGCUUUUACCUCCAAGAAUACAAAGACUUGGACUGAGACUGUGUCCAUAUGACUAUAAGAUCGAACACAUUGCUGGUAAAGACAAUGUCGCAGACUCUCUUUCAAGACUUCCUUUACCCGAUACUGAAGAAAAUGGCUAUGUGGACAUGUAUAUGGACAGAAUGCUUACUGUAAAUAUGAUGGAUGUUCAAGCCUUAACUCUGGAGGAACUUAAAAGUGCUACAUUGGCAGAUGCUACCUUGACACAAUUGAUUUCCAUAGUGGAGACAGGACAAUGGCCUGUUACACUCCCUGAAAGCCUACAGACAUACAAAAGAUGUUCAGAUGAAUUAUCAACACAUGAUGGUCUUUUGCUGCGGGGACACAGAAUAGUUCUGCCUUCAGCACUGAUACAACGAGCAUUGAAAAUAGCCCAUGAGACACAUCAAGGUGUAAUUCGCACAAAACAGUUCUUGAGAAGCAAAUUCUACUGGCCUAAUAUGGACAUGGAUGUAGAAAGUAUGAUCAGGAAUUGUAAUGCGUGUGUUCUGAAUCAACAUUUACAUGAAGAUCAACCGCUGCAACCGUUAGAGCUUCCACCAAGACCUUGGACCAAACUAGGAGUUGAUUUGGUGGGUCCCAUUCAGAAUGUCUAUAUACUUACCGUAAUAGACUAUUACACUUCAUACCCUGAAGCAGUAGUUAUCAAUGACAUAACUUCUGAGACUGUUACCAAGGAAAUGGGAAAAAUCUUUGCCCGAUUUGGAUAUCCCUGUGAGGUAGUUACUGAUAACGGCAAGCAGUUUGUAGGAAAAGUCUUCGAGGGAUUUCUAAAAGCUAAUGGAGUAAAACACAUCAAGGCUUCACCUUACUACCCCAAAAGUAAUGGUAAAAUAGAAAGAUUUCAUCGCUAUCUAAAGAAAGCCUUCAAAGCAGCUAAAAGUGAGGGAAGGAAUUGGAAAGAUGAUCUCUCCAAGAUUUUUCUUGCCUAUAGAUCUACCCCACAUAGAGCAUCAGGUGAGACACCAGCUUAUCUUAUGUUUGGACGAGAAGUUCGUACAAAGUUGCCUUGCCUUGUCAAUGAGAAAAAGGAAACAAAAGACAUAGAAGGUCAUCAUAAAAGCUACAAAAAGAAAAUGAAACAGUACGCAGACAUGACAAGUCGAGCCAAAGAACACAACUUUGAUUUGGGAGACAUUGUAUAUGUGGCAAGUAUGGAAGAUGGUAAACUGGACUCUAGAUAUAGAGCCACUCGCUAUGUACUGCUGAAGCACACAUCAGACAAUUCCUUUGAAAUGGUCAAUGCAGAGGAUGGUUCUAAGAUUGUGAGAAAUGUGAAGCACAUACGUCAUGUACCCAUUCAACUGGAGGUCAGUGUGCCAGAACCAGCAGAAAAACAAAGUGAUCAAAGAGUUCAAGACAAGCCAGAUUACACAGAAGAAUCUCAAAGUUCUUCAGUUACAGUACCAGACUCAUCGAGUAAGCCUAUCACCACUCGUAGUGGUAGAGUUGUUAAAAAAACCUGCUCGUUUCAAGGACAUGAUAAUGUAGAUGUUUAA